AUGAAGAACGAGGAGCUGAUGGCCGUGGGGAGUAGAGUCGCCGCCUCAUCGCUGUCCACGGCUCUCGUGGUGGUGGAGAUCUAUGUCUUUGGACUCUCGGAAAAGGGCCCGGCAUACAGGGUCGCCCAGAGCGAGGCCCCGGAGACUGAAGUGUUUGCGGGGGUCUGGUCCGGUGAUUGCCAACCGAAGGCUGGGCGAGUUUCAGCCUCGAGGCUGAAGGAGAACACCAGCGUUUCCACUGGUUCAUCGGAGUUUGGUGCCGUGGUGCCAAUACUUUACCGGCACAUCGGAACAGUGACUUCAUCACUAUUGGCGAUUCUGGUCGUCGUUACCUUUAGCUUGUUCGUAGUGCGCUCUUGCGUUCAGCGAGGCCUUCAAGGUAGUCAGCCGUCUCUUCUGACCAUUUUCAACGACUUCUCGUCCGACUACAGUGCAGACGACUUUCUCCAUGAUGAAGAGUUUAAUAAAUUCAAGUGGUUCCUACAGCAGACCGAUGUCAUUCAAGGCCCCAUGACCAUCAAGAAGAGCCGACUGGAGACGACAAGCAGGUGGGACACCGUGGACUUGAUGGUGCAGACCUACAGACUUUCUGGAGCUGUUGAGGUGACCAGAAGGGUUUUAAAGAGGAUCGGCAGGAAUGACCUGCUGCUCAGUUUGUCUGUUAUCAGGCCCAGACCCGAAGUGAAUGUCAGUGAUUUGACCUCUCAGGCUCCUCUUCCUCAGGCUGAAGCUCUAGACCUGCAUGAGGUCCGGCAGAUUGAAAAGGCAUGGAAGCCAGAAGAAACAGAGAAAGCCGUUAAACCUACAGACAUAUUCAAACAUCCUUCUGGAGAAUACAGACCCAUUAAAACAGUGAUGACCAAUGGAAUCGCAGGAAUUGGAAAAACAUUCCUUGUUCACAAGUUUGUGUUGGACUGGGCUGAACAAAGAUCCAAUCAAGAUGUGCAUCUGGUUUUCCCCUUCACCUUCCGUCAGCUGAGUCCACUGAAGGGAGAAAAAUUCAGUUUGGCAGAGCUCAUUCAUGAAUGCAUCCCAGAAACUGUAGGCAUCACAGAGGAGGCUCUUAAUUACAUCUUUAAAGAUAUUCAGUCAUCGGGAAUUACCAACUAUGACAAAAGUAAAUUCAAACUUCUGUUUGUGCUUGAUGGGCUGGAUGAGAGCCGCCUUCAUCUCGACUUUCAUUCUGAAGAUAUUCGCUCUGUCGAUGUAACAAAGUCAACUAAAACAGAUGUCUUGUUGAAAAAACUCAUCAAUGGAAAAUUGCUACGCUCUGCUCGCAUCUGGAUAACCACACGGCCUGCAGCAGCCAAUCAGAUCCCUCGAGAGUUUAUCAGCAGUACCACAGAGGUCAGAGGGUUCACUGACCCACAGAAAGAUGAGUACUUCAGGAAGAGAUUCAAAGGUAGGGAGCAAGCUGACAAAAUCAUCUCCCACAUCAAGACAACAGGAAGCCUCCACAUCAUGUGCCACAUCCCAGUCUUCUGCUGGAUCACUGCUACUGUUCUAGAAGAUGUGCUGAAAACAAGAGGAGGACAGCUGCCCAAGACCCUGACUGAGAUGUACGCAGAGUUCCUGGUGUUUCAGAUUGAUUGGACAAAAGAAAAGUAUGGCCCACAGAAAAGCAUUGAAUACAUUAAGUCAUUAGCAAAACUGGCCUUUCAGCAACUGGACAAGGGCAACCUGAUCUUCUAUGAGAAAGAUCUGAGACAGAGCGGCAUUGAUUUCAGUGAAGCCUCGGUAUGUUCAGGAGUGUUCACAGAGAUCUUCAAAGAAGAGCGAGGAAGGAAAGGGAAAGACGAGAUGUUCAGCUUUGUCCAUCUGAGUGUUCAGGAGUUUCUGGCUGCUCUUUAUGUAAGGAUGUCACUUAAUAACAGCAAAAUAAAUGUCAUGCCUUUACCACAACCAUCACUGAAAAACCUUCGACUGCUUUUAAGUAAGACAUCUUCAAAGAAGAUCCACAUGAUUUCCAUUGACAGGGCCUUGCAGAGUCCAAAUGGACACCUGGACUUAUUCCUUCGCUUCCUCCUGGGUCUAUCACUGCAGACCAAUCAGAAUAAACUGCAGGACCUGCUAAUGAAGAAAGACAGUGGCACAGAGACCAAUCAGAAAACAGUCCAAUACAUCAAGACGAAGCUCAGUGAGAAUCUGUCUCCAGACAGAUGCAUCAAUCUGUUCCACUGUCUGAAUGAGCUAAAUGAUCGUUCUCUGGUGGAGGAGAUCCAGCAGUCCCUGAGUUCAGGAAGUCUCUCCACAGAUAAACUGUCUCCUGCUCAGUGGUCAGCUCUGGUCUUCAUCUUACUGUCAUCAGAAAAAGAUUUGGAUGUGUUUGACCUGAAGAAAUACUCUGCUUCAGAGGAGGCUCUUCUGAGGCUGUUGCCAGUUGUAAAAGCCUCCCACAGAGCUCUGCUAAGUGGCUGCAAUCUGUCAGAAAGAAGUUGUGGAGCUAUGUUAUCAGUCAUCAGCUCACGGUCGACUAAUCUAAGAGAACUGGACCUGAGUAACAAUGACCUGUGGGAUUCUGGAGUGAAGCUGCUGUCUGUGGGAUUGGAGAGUCUACACUGUACACUGGAGGGUCUGAGGCUCUCAGGCUGUCUGAUCACUCAGGAUGGUUGUACUUCUCUGGUAUUAGCUCUGAACUCCAACCCCUCCCAUUUGAGAGAGCUAGAUCUGAGCUACAAUCAUCCAGGAGACUCAGGCAUGAAGCUGCUGUCUAGCUUACUGGAUGAUCCACGUUGGAGACUGAACAAUCUUAGGCUGGACCAUGGUGGAGAGCAGAGGCUGAAACCUGGUCUGAGGAAGUAUUCCCGCGAUCUUAAACUGGACACAAACUCAGUGCACAGAAAACUUAAACUGUCCGACAACAACAGAAGAGUGACGGCGGUAACGGAGGAGCAGCCUUAUCCCGAUCACCCAGAGAGGUUUGAGUUUGAGUACUGGCUUCAGCUGCUGUGUACAAAUGGUCUGACUGGUCGCUGUUACUGGGAGGUUGAGUGGAGCGGAGAGGUUCACGUUUCAGUGACUUACAGAGGAGUCACGGGGAGAGGAGGCAGCAAUGACAGCAGGUUUGGAGUAAACGGUCAGUCGUGGAGUUUGAGGUGCUCCAAUGCUGGUCAGUACUCUGUGUGUCACGAUAACAGGAGAACAGACCUCGCCUCCUCCUCCUCCUCCUCUGUCUCUAACAGAGCAGCAGUGUAUGUGGACUGUCCUGCUGGCACUCUGUCCUUCUACAGAGUCUCCUCUGACACUCUGAUCCACCUCCACACCUUCAACACCACAUUCACUGAACCUCUUUAUCCUGGGUUCUGGUUAUUGUCAUACGGUUCUUCAGUGUCUCUUUGCUCUCUGUAG